GUUAACAGCCCAAUGAUCACUGGUGCCAUGGGAACAGUGCGAGUCAACAGGUACAGUAUUGUAUCAACAGAUGAGGAGGGCCUCAAAAUCUCCACCCUCGGGCUGCACAAUGGCCUCAGCCCUCUGGCACAGCACCAGUACCCCUUGGGCGGGGUUGGGGGAGGGGGUUUAGUAGGUGGAGGAGGAGGUGGAGGAAGUAUGGAAUUGCUGGGCGUGCCAGGGACAGAGAACAGCUACGGGGGGCGGAAGAUCUCGACCACAGGGGCGGGUCGGCUGAGGAGUCGCUUCGUGAAGAAGAACGGGCAGUGCAACGUGGUCUUCGCCAACAUGGAGGACAAGCCGCGCCGCUACCUGGCCGACAUCUUCACCACCUGCGUGGACAUCCGCUGGAGGUACAUGCUGCUCAUCUUCACCACCGCCUUCCUCAUCUCCUGGCUGCUUUUCGGGCUGGUCUUCUGGGGGGUGGCCCUGGCCCACGGGGACUUCGAUGUGCACCCAGGCCCAGGCACCUCCUCUGGCGGUAAUAGCGCGGGGGGGCAAGGAGGGGGAUCCGGCCAGAAGGAAAAGAACAAAGAGUGGAAGCCUUGCAUUCUUCACGUGCACAGCUUUGUGGGGGCCUUCCUGUUCUCCAUUGAGACCCAGACCACCAUAGGGUACGGGUGGCGGUGUGUGACCGAGGAAUGCCCCAUCGCCGUGGUCACGGUAGUGGUCCAAUCCAUCGUGGGCUGCAUCAUCGACUCCUUCAUGAUCGGCACCAUAAUGGCCAAGAUGGUGCGCCCAAAGAAGAGGGCCCAGACCCUGCUGUUCUCCCACAAUGCCGUCAUCGCUCUCAGGGAUGGUAAACUGUGCCUGAUGUGGCGUCUGGGCAAUCUGCGCAAGAGUCACAUUGUGGAGGCCCACGUCCGCGCCCAGCUCAUAAGGCCCUAUGUCACAGCGGAGGGAGAGUACAUCCCUUUGGAGCAGACUGAUAUCAACGUUGGCUACGAUGAAGGUCUGGACAGGCUCUUCCUAGUGUCUCCUCUAGUCAUUGUCCACGAGAUCGACGAGCAGAGUCCACUGUACCACAUGAGCAAGGCAGACUUGGAAACGGAAGAUUUUGAGAUAGUGGUGAUCCUGGAGGGGAUGGUGGAGGCCACAGCCAUGACCACCCAGGCCCGCAGCUCAUACCUGGCCAGAGAGAUCCUGUGGGGCCAAAGGUUUGAGCCCGUGGUUUUCGAGAAGCAGGACCGCUACCUGGUGGACUAUUCCCGGUUCCACAAGACAUACAAGGUGCCCUCUACACCGCACUGCAGCGCCAGAGAACUCAGCGAAAUGGCCAGCCAAUCCUCUUCUGCCUCCUCCCGCUCCAUGUCUCCUGUCAGCCCCAAAACCUCCCGCCACCUCAUGCCCCCGCACUCUCCCAGCGCCUUCUGCUAUGAGAAUGAGGUUGCCUUGCACUGCGUAGAGGAGGACGAUGAUGUACAGGGGAUUAGAGAGAGAGAUGGUGGUGAGGGGGAGGAGAGAACUGUCAUUGUAGACUUUCAGGAAAGGUUCCAGGAACAAGCAAGUGACAUGUUGUGCGUUUUGGACAUGGAAAAUCAAACUGAAUUUGAUAGGCUGCAGUCUACGAUUCCUCUGGACCCACUGAGCUACCGGAGGGAGUCUGAAAUCUGAGGAGGAGAGACAGUGAUACCCCUACUGAAUUCCAUUACAGACCCAAUCAAGAUGUUGUACAGAGAUAGGUGUUUCUUUUUACUCCCUCCCAACCUAGGUGUCCACGCUCCAAACAAGUUCGUAUUGAUUCUUUUCCACGUUAUUUUUGUCCCAUUUUUCCAUCUUUCUUCCUUUCUCUACUCACCUUUCCAAUUCCCCCUCUCUAUCCCCUCAUCCUCCUCCCCCAGCUCAUAGAAGGGAGACCAAGUGAUGUGAAUACCAGGUGGAGGAGUGGAGCAAAUAUACUACCACCUUGCCCCCUUUUUCCCCCGCAUGUUCCUUGUUUUUUUCCGUCUCAGGCCUUGUUCCUGAGAGAACAGAGGGAGCACCAUCCC